AUGUCUGUCCCUGUAUUCUUUGAUCUCUCGGGUUCGUUAUCUCAAUCCAUCAAAUUUGAUAGAAUUGAUGGAUCAUCAUUAACAAACAAUAAUAAAUCAUUAUAUUUAUUCGCAACACACAAUUCAAUCGAACAACUCAAUUUUGAUCCUCAUAAAUCAAAUUAUGAUUUUAAUAGAACAUAUCCAUCGAUCAUUUCAAUAUGUGAAGAUAUCUAUGUACUCGGUCAUAUUCAUCAGGGAAAUUUCUUCAUAUACGAUAAUAAUAAAAAACAAUUGAUCAAAUACAAUGUUGAAAACAAAAAAUCAAUCAAUCUCAAACCUAUCCCGAUCAAAGAGAGUGAUAAAUUUUUAAUGUAUCACCGAGAAUCACCAUCAUCAAGUUUUAUCUAUUCAUUUGGUGGUGUUAAACUUGGUAACUUUAAAUAUUCAAUUGAACACAAUCGAUGGGAGCAAUUCUUCAAAGAUGAUAAAUUCGAAAGAGAUUGGUGUCCAUCUACCCCAAUAAUAUUUUAA